UAUAAAAAAAGCCAUGAAUAUAUGAAGUAUAUAGAUAUUUAUUUUUUUUAAUUAUCUAAAUAAAUUAUGAUUUUUGGCAAUGUUAACUCGGUACACUGUUUAAUUUCUCCCAAAAAAUAAGAGGAUACCUCUUUACUUAAAAGGCCUAGCUACGUCAAUAUUCCCAACCUUCUUCUAAAUAAUAAUGGCGCUUGAAUAAUUAUUGUAAACAGCAUUGUAGAAAAUUAAGCGGCGAUAUUAACAUAACAUUAUUACAAUAAAUUGACACCACCAGUGCUGUGCGAAAAGAGACACAAUUAGUGUGUGCAUUUUUAAACAUUAACCUUCUGUCGCAUACAUUUCCGUCUGUGUCGUUUUCAAGGACAAGUAUACAAGCGAUUAUCAUAAAGGUCCGUAAUUAGAAGGCAAAUUGAGAAAACCCAAGGUGAACUACUUUGUGCGAUGGUCGAAAUCGAUACAUUAUUAUCAAGUUAUUUAUGAACUUUGUAACUGGCAGCGCGCUGGAGAGGUCGAACGAUUAGUACGUGCUACUUUGUUUUCUGAUUGAAUUUCUCACAGGUAACAAUUUGAGACAAUAAAACUCAGUAUUUGUAAUUAGGUUAGUAAUGAUUGACAAUGGCACACGUUGAAAUAUAGAAUUCUGAUGUUUUUUACUCAUCUGUAAACUAAUUCGUAAAUAUUACGCUUACACUAGCGAGUUGACAAAGAAUCUCGAGAAUUUUUGACAUUUAAAAUACAAAUAAGAAUUCUAUCACGUCUUUUACACACAUGAUAUGUUGUAGUGGGAGAAUCUAGACAGAAUCUGGAUGAAACAUCUGGAAUAAGGACAUUAGUUAGUCGUUUGACACGAGAUGUAAUACUUAAAUCACACUAGCGAUUGACGAUUGUGUUCGCGUUUGCGUCUACGAUUGUCUCUUGAUCAAUUAGAAGGCCACUGCUAACGAUUAUGAUUAGCGAUUCUUAUUUAGCCGUCCGUCUAUUUGUCAAGAGAUAAUCGUAGACGCAAACGCGAACGCAAUCGCUAGUGUGAUUCGGGCAUAAGAUGUAGCGUAUUGGUGCAAUCUGUGCGUUAAAUCGUCCGGACGUAUACGCGAUCGAAAAGCGCAGCUUGCCCGCCGACCCGCGUGUCCUCCCAGAAAUCGUUCGUGGCGCCUGCACUCGAUCGCAUCGGUGAAGGAGACGUAUCGCAAACGGCUGUCCUUCUACAAUUUUACCGGUUGAUAUAAGCUGGUCCGAAGUUGGACAUUAUAGUAGCGAUCGGAGAGUACUUUCGCCGAGAGUCGCCCGUAGUGGGGGAGGCAGGACUUGAACCCUGGAACCCCAUGGGCCAUAUAUACUACGGGCCAAUGCAGCGCUCUUGCUACUUGUGGUGUCAGUUUCUCGCGGAUUCCCCGUCGUACAGGAAACGCAUAGGAGAGAGAAGCUGAUAAGCGCGAAGGUGAGUAGACGAAGCGUGUAAUCCGCGCCGCUCCGCUCAGCCAUAGCCCCGAAGACGAGCCGAUUCGACAAGGUGGACGUGACCGUGGAGACUAGGAAGUGAUACGUGCAAAUGACACCGUGAAGCCGCGAAUGCUGAUGAGAUGAUUCACUGGUGCAAUGCCAUGCGUCCCCUGCGAUCUCGCUGACGGACUCCUAUCAACCGACAGGCUUUGGUCGUACCUUUCGACCCUUUCUGCCUGACAUCUAUUUUCUGUUGAUCGUACGUGCUGAUUCUCGGUCUGUAUUAUUGGUUUAGUAUAUAUGCCUUGAAUAUUAUAAAACACAAAUUUGCACGAAUGUACAUAAAACAAUUUUUUCGUAAUUAAAGUAAAAAGAAACCGAAGGAUUGGAUCUUCUUUAAUUUUUGUUUCAUCCACACACAAUAACCUUUGAUAUUUUUCAUUAAAAAUAAUCUUCUCAUCUGCAUAAUCGGCAGUAAAUGUGCGAUGCAGCGACGCGAUAUAGCAUCGCUUGGCUCCGCCCGUUUGUGGCUUUGUAACCCGUUUGGCUUCGCCAGCUCCGUAUACUCCUCUGAGAUAGCUUGAACUUCAAACACGAUAGGAAUUCAAAUGCGAUAAUUUAAUCUCGAGUACACGCCUAUGAGCACGGCCGGAGUAACAUUCCGUGCACGUUUCUUUCGGAUUAUUUGUAUGCGGCGUUUUGCGUGCUCACACGCGAGGUAACUUGCGCCACUGGUGCCGGUUACUUUUCAGAAACAAUAAUGGUGUCAGCUACUCCCGUAGAAACACUCCCAUCCCAUUCUCGGCACUAUUCUCCAUUUCGCAUAUUUUCAAUUAUUUGAAUUUCGAUUAUCAGGAAGAAUAAUAUAAUUAAAUUAAAUUACAGAUAUCCCUCUACUAGUGACUUACGAAUUUUCAGACUUAUUACGUCCGGCAUUCUAUUAAUUAAAGAUGAAGCUGCUGAUCUUGUGCGUGUUAACUACCGUUGCGUUUGCCGCGCCGGGUCUCCUCAAGGUGCCAAGGGUGUACAACGCCGUGAUAACGAGCAAUCAGAAUCUGUCGCCGUCGCGAGCGUUCCCCGUGAUACAACCGGUCCUCCAUCGAACCGCCAUCGGUUACGUGCCGCCGUUCUAUUACACGCAGGUAGCGCCUCACUUUGUCGGGCCGGAAGUGGUGCAUUAUCCGCUGCUCGCCGCGGAUGGUAAGGCGGCCGGCAGCAACCAAGCGCAGGCCUCCUCCUCGACGUCGCGUCUGCCCGAGUCGACGAGCUUUGGUGUCGCGAAGGAGGACGAGGACGCAACCACCGCCGAUCGUACGAAGGAGAACGGCGAUACGAAGAACUCCGAGAAGAAAAAGGACCCGGUGCCAUUGACCUUCUAUCCGAAUUACCAUUCUCUCUACUACCAUCCGUACAUUUACACGUAUAACGGCUUCAAUCCGCAUCUCGCGCCCGGCACUUACUACGUCGAUUACCAACCGUACGAGUCCCUGGAACCAAUCCCGGCUACCACGCCGAGGAACGCCGACUCCGGCCAUCUGUUACCGAGCUUCCACGACGAGAAGGAAAUCCACACGACGGACGACAGAGAAAAAAUACCGGAUGUACCACCGCCACCUCUUCCGACCUCCGGACCGAAAAGAUCUUGAGCUCUUACAAGGUGGAAGUGUUUUGAAUUGAAUUUCGUGAUAAGUAGACGAGGAGGGAAGCUUCAUGAAUCUCUUUUGUAAAGGUUGCAAGCGCGGAUAGGUACGUCGAUAAAAUAUCGUCAAAAUUUUUCGCUCCUGUUUCCUUCCCUUAUUUCUCUAAUUUGUUUUUCUUUUCAAGAAGGUGAAGGCCUUCAUUACAAACAUUGAAGAAUAAUCAAUGGCUCGCUGAAGCGUUUGGCACAGCUGUGCAAUCAAUUGGCAUUUAGUACAUUAGUCACGCCAUUAUAUUGAACUUUGACUGCAACUGCUUGAGUACCGUAUAUAAUUCCCAAUAUACGUGACGAUGCAGAUGUUCGAUAAAGUUGAAGAGUUCUAUCUAUUGAUGCUAUAUUCUAAUAUUAAACCAGAAGAGCAGGGUUCUGAUUAUUUUUGUAAUUUGUGUCUUUUAUAGAGAGAAUUUUGAAUUCUUUGUGAUGCAUUUUACGUAUACGUUAGUUUGUUUUGUACCUCGAGAUUAAUUGCUUAAUAUUAAGUUAAACUAAACGAACGAUACCACAAUAUAUUUAUAAAAACAUUACUUCUUUAUAUUAAAGAUUUUCUAUACGUA